AUGGUUGAGAAAAGGAUUGAGAUUUUUAUGGAUGAUUUCUCGGUUUAUGGGUCUUCUUUUGACAAUUGCUUGACUAAUUUGAAGUUGGUUUUGAGGAGAUGUGAAGAGUCUCAUUUAGUACUUAAUUGGGAGAAGUGCCACUUUAUGGUGAAUGAAGGAAUUGUAUUGAGGCACACGAUUUCUAAGAAAGGUAUUGAGGUAGACCGAGCUAAGAUUUCUGCAAUUGAGAAUUUACCACCUCCAGUUUCAGUUAAGGGAGUGAGAAGCUUCCUUCAUCAUGCAGGGUUUUAUAGAAGUUGGGAGAAAGAGCUUUUGGCCAUAGUGUUUGCCUUUGAUAAGUUUAGGCCAUACUUGAUUGGGAAUAAGGUGGUUAUUUACACAGAUCAUUUUGCGAUAAAAUAUCUUAUGACCAAGAAAGAUUCCAAGCCUCGUCUUAUUCGGUGGAUUUUGUGGUUACAAGAAUUUGAUGUGGAAAUUAAAGAUAAGAAGAGCACAGAGAAUUUGGUGGCUGAUCACUUGUCUAGAUUGGAGGUUGACGAGGAUUCUAGUGAUAAAGAAGUUCAAAUUAAUGAUGCUUUUCCUGAUGAGCAGUUAUUUGAAGUUAUACCUCCUGAGAUGACAAUGCAACAAUUGAAGAAAUUCUAUUUGGAGGUGAAGCACUGUUACUGGGAGCAACCUAUUGUGUAUAAACAUUGCCCUGAUCAAGUUAUUAGAAGAUGUGUGCCAGAAGAGGAGAUGUUGUCAAUCUUGACUCACUGCCAUACUUUGCAUUGUGGCGGUCAUUUUGGAGGAACAAGAACAGUAGCAAAAGUUUUGCAAAGAACUCCUACUUGUGAUGGGAAAGAAGUACUUAGAUUUCUUCACAAAAAUAUUUUCACUCGGUUUGGUACCCCAAGAGUGAUUAUUAGAGAUAGGGGAAGUCAUUUUUGCAACAAGUCUUUCACUGCCCUCUGUGCUCGUUAUGGUGUUCAUCAUCAAAAGGCAUUGUUUUAUCAUCCACUUGCAAAUGGUCAAGCUGAAGUGUCGAAUAGGGAGAUUAAAGGUAUCUUGGAAAAGACUGUAAAUACGUCAAGGAAGGAUUGGUCAAAGAAGCUCGAUGAUUCACUUUGGACUUAUCGCACUGCAUUUAAAACUCUGAUUGGACAAAAUAGGCUUAUGGAGUUAAACGAGCUUGAAGAAUUUUGA